ACAAUCCUAGGAGAAACUCAUGAAGAGGAGGAUGAGAUCCUUCCACGCAAGGACUAUGAGAGCUUGGAUUAUGAUCGCUGUAUCAAUGACCCGUACUUGGAAGUUUUGGAGAGCAUGGACAACAAGAAAGCCCAGAGAUAUGAAGCAGUGAAAUGGGUGUUGGUUUUUGCUAUUGGAGUCUGCACAGGACUGGUGGGCCUUUUUGUGGAUUUCUUUGUACGGCUCUUUACCCAGCUCAAGUUCCAGGUGGUACAAAGCUCGGUGGAAGAAUGCACUGAGAAAGGCUGUCUUGCCCUGUCCUUGCUGGAGCUGCUGGGGUUCAACCUGACCUUUGUUUUUCUUGCCAGUCUUCUGGUCCUGAUCCAACCUGUAGCAGCUGGAUCAGGAAUUCCUGAAAUUAAGUGCUACCUCAAUGGGGUGAAGGUUCCAGGGGUUGUGCGUCUCCGGACAGUGGUGUGCAAAGCUAUGGGAGUGCUCUUCAGUGUGGCAGGAGGUCUUUUUGUCGGGAAGGAGGGUCCAAUGAUUCACAGUGGUGCUGUCGUGGGUGCGGGUUUGCCACAGUUCCAGAGCAUCUCUUUGAGGAAGAUCCAAUUUAACUUUCCAUAUUUCCGCAGUGACAGGGAUAAAAGGGAUUUUGUAUCUGCUGGAGCUGCUGCAGGGGUUGCGGCUGCCUUUGGAGCCCCAAUUGGGGGCACUCUUUUCAGCUUGGAAGAAGGUUCCUCCUUCUGGAACCAGGGACUUACAUGGAAGGUGCUUUUCUGUUCCAUGGCUGCCACCUUCACCCUGAAUUUCUUCCGCUCUGGGAUUCAGUUUGGAAGCUGGGGAUCUUUCCAGCUCCCUGGGCUGCUGAACUUUGGGGAGUUUAAGUGCUCCGAAUCUGAUAAGAAAUGCCACCUCUGGACAGCUGUGGACUUGGGCUUCUUCAUUCUGAUGGGGAUUGUGGGAGGCCUUCUUGGAGCCACCUUCAACUGCCUGAACAAGAGACUUGCGAAAUACCGCAUGCGGAACGUGCAUCCCAAGCCAAAGCUGGUCAGAGUCUUGGAGAGCCUGCUGGUGUCGUUGACUACCACGGUCGUGGUCUUUGUAGCCUCUAUGGUUCUGGGAGAAUGCCGGCAGAUGUCUUCCAACAGUCAUAGUGGCAAUGACACUCUGAGCCUGCAGGCUAUGUCAGAGGAUGUGAAUUCAAGCAUCAAAACUUUUUUCUGCCCAAAUGAAACCUACAAUGACAUGGCCACACUCUUCUUCAACCCUCAGGAGUCAGCUAUCUUGCAGCUCUUCCACCAGGAUGGUACUUUCAGCCCAGUCACACUGUCCUUGUUCUUCCUUCUCUAUUUCUUACUCUCCUGCUGGACAUACGGGAUCUCUGUGCCCAGUGGUCUUUUUGUGCCAUCACUGCUUUGUGGGGCUGCCUUCGGACGCCUGGUCGCCAACCUCCUCAAAAGCUACAUUGGUCUGGAUCAUAUCUACUCGGGAACCUUUGCACUGAUCGGGGCAGCAGCAUUCCUGGGAGGAGUGGUCCGCAUGACAAUUAGCCUGACCGUCAUCCUAAUUGAAUCCACCAACGAGAUCACCUAUGGGCUCCCAAUUAUGAUCACCCUCAUGGUAGCCAAAUGGACAGGAGACUUCUUCAACAAAGGCAUCUAUGACAUCCAUGUGAACUUGCGAGGAGUACCUCUUCUGGAGUGGGAAACAGAGGUGGAAAUGGAUAAGCUACGAGCCAGUGACAUCAUGGAACCCAACUUGACGUAUGUCUACCCACAUACCAGGAUUCAGUCCCUUGUUAGCAUUCUGCGCACAACUGUCCAUCAUGCCUUCCCUGUAGUGACUGAGAACCGAGGCAAUGAGAGAGAGUUCAUGAAGGGAAAUCAGCUGAUAAGUAACAACAUCAAAUUCAAGAAAUCUAGCAUCCUCACCCGAGCUGGAGAGCAGCGCAAGCGUAGCCAGUCCAUGAAAUCCUACCCUUCAAGUGAAUUGCGUAACAUGUGUGAUGAGCACAUAGCAACAGAGGAGCCACCAGAAAAGGAGGAUCUGCUGCAACAGAUGCUAGAGAGAAGAUAUACUCCCUACCCCAACCUGUACCCUGACCAGUCUCCCAGUGAAGAGUGGACCAUGGAGGAACGCUUCAGGCCUUUGACCUUCCACGGCUUAAUCUUGCGCUCACAGCUCGUCACCCUUCUUGUUAGAGGUGUUUGUUACUCCGAGAGCCAGUCGAGUGCAAGUCAGCCUCGUCUGUCCCAUGCGGAGAUGUCAGAGGAUUACCCCCGCUAUCCAGAUAUCCAUGACCUGGACCUCACGUUGCUGAACCCUCGCAUGAUAGUGGAUGUCACCCCAUACAUGAACCCGUCACCCUUUGCUGUUUCUCCAAACACUCACGUGUCACAAGUCUUCAACCUGUUCAGGACAAUGGGACUCCGACAUUUGCCAGUUGUAAACGCAGUUGGAGAGAUUGUUGGGAUAAUCACUCGGCACAACCUGACCCACGAAUUUCUGCAGGCAAGACUGAGACAACACUAUCAGACCAUUUGA